UUAGGGAAAUUGUUAAUCGAGACAUCAUGGCACAGGACCAAGAACUUAAUAGGAAAAGGAAAUAGUGCUCAUAAGAAUAUGGCAGAUGUUCCACCUACACUCACCCUAGAACUUCCCAAAAAAAGUGAUCUUUCUAACACAUUUAAACCUUGGAAUGAAGUCCGUCUUCCAAUUGACAUUCUUUUGUUGACAGUAAAGGACUGUGAGUUCCUAGCCUGUUAUACAUACUUAAGAAAUUCCUUUAAAAGCUACCACGUGAACCUUGGAUAUGUGUACUUUGGGAACAUGGGUAAAAGCGGAGAUGUGCCUCUAAAAGUUGCUUUGAUGACAUGUUCUGAAGGCUCUUCUGCUCCACAUGGUUCACUGGUCACUGUUAAGAAUGCUGUGGUGGAACUGAGACCCAAAGCUGUUUUCUAUGUUGGCAACUGUGUGGGCUUGAACCCAGAAGUCACCAAGUUACAGCUAGGUGAUGUGGUUGUAUCCUCUAAGCUUACAACUGAAUCAUUAAAAACCCUGGUGGGAAGAGGUAUCUUGCACCUUGUCAGGCAUGCAGAUCAUGGCUGGAUUCCUCCAUUAAAACGUCUAGAAGAUCGUAAAGUUCAGGUCUGCUGUGAUGGGGAUAUUUUAAGUGGCAUAAACCCAGUCAGUGCUAAACAGCAAAACAUGUCUCAUAUUACUCAAGCUACUGCAUUUGCAUUCGGUGGUGAAGGUAAGAUAAUUAUUCCCUGUUAAAUGACAUCAUUCUUCUCUUGUUACAUUUUCUUACGAGACGAGUGGUGGCCCGUGGUGUACAUCUCAAACUUAAGAUCUAGAAGGUCCAGGUUAAGGCUUUGCCGCACUUUGUGCUGUUUCCUUGGACAAGAAACUUUGAUUCACUUUGUCCCUCUUCACCCAGGUGCAGUGUAAAUGGAUGCUGGUUAUGAUCCUUUGUGAUCCUGUUUUCAAACUGAUUUUUUAAGAUCUAUUCUAUGUUUGAACAAUGAUGUUUAUGUUUGUGUAACUUGCUGUGUUUUCUAUACUAAAUUAUGCAUAAAAAAUUGAUUGGAGGACAGUAGUUUAUGUAGUGUUUUCCUUUGGAUAAAAUACAAAAGGAUAGUUAUAUUCUAUUAACAUCCUAAUGCAUAAGCUGGUUUUUUGUUUGUUUGUCCUGUUUCUUUUAUUUUUUAAAUAUGCUGAUUUAUAUCUGCCUUUUAAAAUCACUAUUACUAUAUUCUGCCUACCUGUUUGCAUGGUAAAUAAUAUUGUUUAUGUUGUCACAUCUUGAUCAACCCUGGCUGUGAUGCUCACUGGUGGAUCUGUUUGCAUCUUGAAUUUUUAGUGAUUUGUUGUUGUUUUUCCAGGCCUUUUUGCUGCCGCACAUGAUCUUAAGAUUGAAUGGGUGAUUGUAAAAGGUAUUUCUCACUUUGCCGAUGGUACCAAUCCUGCAGAAAAUUCUUGGGAGAGUCAUGCAUGCAUAAUGGCAGCUUCUCUUGUGUCCAACAUGUUGAAGGAUCCAUUUGUGUUUGAACAAUGGCCUCAUUAUGAAGGUAGGUGACAAUAUGCUCUUUAAUCAAACCAUAUCAUAAUUAAAUCUUCACAUUUUUGCAGAAGUGUUUUUGGUUAAGUACUGAGGUUGAUUUAAAAUACUCAGCCACAUUUUUCAAACGUCAUUACAGUCAAACCAGGUCAAGCGUUCCCGUCGCUAACAAACUAAUGAAUUCAUUAAUGGAAAAAUGAUUUCGUUUGUUGAUUCAAUAAUCCAUUCAUAAAAUGAAUAAUCCAACGGUCAAAUUGUACCUCGAUUCAAUAAUCAAAUGUUGAUUUGGUUUAUGAACAAAAUCUACCUGUUCUUUAUUCUUGUCUGUUGUGUUCAAUCUUAUUUGCUUCCCUUUUCCUGCCGUUUACGAUUGCGUUUUUCAUUGCCUUUAAUCAAAAUAACAGCUAGAAUAGACAUACCGCAAACGCAAAGAAACUGACAAAGGCGGAGGAUCGAAAUCCACCAAUCACCGCACAUACACUGACCUCAGUUUGACCGUCGUGUUUUCUAAGAGGUCAGGCCUAGGUCUGUUGCACUGAUUAUUGGCAGCAAACAGGCGUACAUGUAACAGUUUGUUUGGGUUUGAACUUCAGAACUCGCCAGCGCUUGACUCUCAGAAAAAAAAAGAGGAAAAAACAAAAUUCUGAGGUCAACUUGUGGAAAGUGUAAUUUUUCAAAAAACAGUAAUCGAAUCAACAUUCGAUUAUGGAAUCGAGGCUAAAUAUGACUAUUGGAUUGUUCAUUUUAUGAAUGGAUUAUUGAAUCAACAAACGAAAUCACUUUUCCGUGAAUGAAUUCAUUAGUUCGUUAGCGACGAGAACGCUUGACCUGGUUUGACUGUAAUUAAUCUCUUUUUAUAAUAAACUUUAAAAAGGGUAGAGUUCAACAUUUUCUUUGUCAACUCACAACUGUUGGAAACUAUAAAAUAGGUAAAAGAAAAAUUGUCAGAAAAAUGUGAAGAAAUUGGUCAGAAGGACAGGAGGGAGAUGUUUCCUGAUAAAAUUGACUGUCUGCUCAUCAUACUAUUUUAGGCAGUAAGAUUUGUGGGUUGGUACUCGGCAAGUGCAUACUUAGGAACCUAAAGUCUAAAAUGACUCCUGUUUAGAGCUUCAGUGGUAUCUGUUAGGGGCCUGUAAGGUUGGGUGGGAAUUAUUUUGUUUCUCAAGUAAUUUUUGAUACUUCUUAGGCAUUAAAUUAAUUUCCUACACGCCCACAAAGCUAGAUUCUGUUACUUUGUAGGGGUACUUUUGAUUUUUUUUUUACAAAACCCCUGUUUUUUUUUUUGGUUUUGUUUUUUUGUUUGUUUGUUUCUGUUGUUGUUGUUUUUUAAGCUCCCCAUUUAUAUCUAUAGAGGGGUAUCUCCUCCUUUUGUAUCUCACGGAGGGAAAGUGAAUUUCUGCCAUGCCCACAAAGUAAGAUUCUCCUACCCUCUAGGUAUGAUUUUUAUUAUUAUUAUUAUUUUUUUUUUUUUUGACAAGUACUCCUGUUAUCUUUAAUAUUUUUUGGAAAGCAGUUCAAAAAAAAAAAAAAGAGGACUCUUUUAUAGAGCUUAAAAUGAAUUUCUUCCAUGCUGACAAAGGAUGAUUCCUGUACCAUUUAGGGAUACUUUUUGAAUUUUUUAUUUGAGUAGCACCUCAGUUGUUUAAUAGGGUAGUAUCUCCUUCUCCCUCGCCUUCCCCCACUUGCUGAGAACAAUGGCAACCAACUUUACAGGGAUUUCAGUAAGGGUUAACAAGCAUGGAUUUCUCCUGGCUGCUAUGAGCAUGACCCUUGGUCACUUUAAUAGGAAAUAAUAGGAAAAUAGGACUGAAAGAAUUUUCAGGAUGUUCUAUUCCCUACGCGGCAACUUAAAACCAUGGUAAUAGCCCUGAACCCUAACCAGUAAGCUCUCUGCAUUGCAGGCGUUAUUUUCUGCUUUGAGAUCAUUCUAGAACUCUACCCUCUCUCUGGUUGAUUACUAUGCUUUUGAAAGGCCCAGGAAAUAUUUUAGUUUUUUUUUUCCUGUUUUGAAAAUGUUUCUGAACUGCAACUGCAUACUAGAUGCCUUUCGGAAUCAACUCAGUGUACAGCUGAAAUCCUACAUAACCAAGUUUAAAACAUAAAUUUAUUGUCUAAAAUUGUGCACACUGCGACCAGACAUCAUUUAGUGAACAAUUCAGUAAAAGCUAAGGUGUAAGCUUUCAGUUCGAACACAAGCUGCUCAGUGCUUUUUGUUAUUGAAACUUUAUUAUUCAGACCCAGAAACUAAAAUGUGAGUAGUAAAAAAACUGACGGAUUGAUAAACAUUUUCUCCAAAUAUUUUUAAAAUUUUUAUUCUAUUUUGUUUUACUCACAGACCUGUCAGCAGGGAAACAGCCCUCUAGCUCUAUGGCCACUAAGCAGGAGUUGCCAGGUACUAUUAUAUCCAAUAAAUCAGAAAUGGUACAAGACAUACAGUAGAUUAAACACGCUUAUUUUAAUAUGAAAAUGACUUUUAUCAUUUGUAGUAAUUAUUGCAAUACAAAAUGAUCUUUAUUGUCGCAGUUGUUAUAUUUAUUUUAAAAAAAGUAGCAAAGAAGAAGCAUGAUGUGAUACUUCAAACGUCAAAUUCUUCUUUUCAUUCAAUUUUUCUGUUAGAAUUUUGCAAAGGUAUUUUUAACCAGCGUUAAUCCUCGAGGCCAGUUAUAAAAAAUAAGAAUUAUUUUUAGCACUCAACCCGGCCAAGGCUGCCCAUCCCGCCAUAUUCAAAAUUUGUAAUUGUGAUAAUUAAUGAUUCUUUAUUUACCUCACAGUGAAAUUACAUUUUUAACUUUUUUAUAACUGAAAUUUGUGCUAGGUUAUAACUUUAUAAUAUAAGAGAAAUAAUAAGUGGGGCUGGGAAGCUAAAUAAACUGUUAGAUUUUCUCGUUAACUCCCCAUCCAUAUUAAAGUCAGUGUGUAAGCAGGCGAAAAAGAAGAAAAUGGAAUAGAUAAAUGAAUUAAUAAAUUAAAUUAAUAAAGAGCAUUCCUUCUAUUUUUGACCGUAGUAUUUAUAUUCCUACACUAUAUUCUGGUGUCUUUGGGCCCUGAUAUCUACAUGCACUGUUACUUACACUUCUGUUGGUGUAUCAUGAGUUGAGGAUAAUUUGUUUUUAAAUAUGGAAAUUUUAUUUAUAUUUGGUGAUCUGAUCAUUUUAUAUAAAUAAGGGCCUAUAUUUUGUGCGUCAACUACCUCCCUGAAAAGGAACGUAAAACUUUCCUCAACAGAUUCUCGUUGCCUCGAGGAGUGCCAGAAACAGCUGCGAUCAAUUUAUGAAACCAACAGCAAAGUCAAAAUCGUUCCGUGGGACCAAAGCUCUGCCGUUCAUAUCGAUGAAAUUUACACCCACUUGUCUUGGCUUAUGGAUGAGAAGAAGCCCAGCGGAGUAACACAAAAACAACUUAAACGGUACACCGACAUUUUUGACGGCGGAAGACUUCAUCAUACGCCCAAGCGCAUUUUGGUUCACGGACGACCAGGUAUCGGCAAGACCGUUUUUACGCAGAAAGCUACAUUCGACUGGUCCCAGCACAGAUUUAAAGGAACAACAGGAAGAUUUGAUCUCGUACUUUUGGUCAAAUUACGUGAUGUUUGCGACCUCAACGACGUCCCUGCCAUUCUGAAGGAUGCUAAUCUUCUCGCGAGUGAUGGCCCAGUUUCCACUGAAAACCUGUACGAUUACGUUCGUCGCCACCAAGAAAACGUGUUGCUUAUUUUGGACGGCUACGAUGAGUACGCACACAGCGCAGCAAACCAAUCACCUGUUCUUCAAAUCUGGGAGAAAAAGCAGUUGAGGGAUUGUUGUGUUAUUAUGACGUCUAGAGACAUGAAAGGAGAGGGAUUGAAAAGUUCCAGCGAUGCUCAAUUUGAGAUCGACGGUUUCGACCGUGAGCGACAAGAAGAGUUCGCCCGUAGAUUCUUGAAAAAUGAUCAAGAUGUUAAAGAGUUUUUAAGGUAUUUGAAACAACAAAGUCUGGAGGACGUAGCAAAAAUACCUAUUGUACUUUUAAUGCUGUCUUUAAUUUGGAAGGAAAAGGAUCGUGAAGGACUACCUUCAUCACGGGUGAUGGUGUACCUUCAGUUUCUACAGACCAUGUUUAAUCACAUGUCGGAAAAACAAAAAAAGCCGGCGGAAAAAGUUGACGAUCACAAACAAGAACUCUGUAAAGUAGGAGAACUAGCCUUUGACGCACUUCUACAAGAUUUACUUUAUUUUCCUCUCAGUAAACUGCCGGAUCACGUUUUGACUGAGAAACUGAUCGAGGCCGGGUUGUUUCAGCUGCUAAACAUGUCCGCUCUUAACCCGUGCAAAGCCGUGCACUUCAUUCACAAAUCCAUGCAGGAGUUUUUGGCUUCUUUAUUUCUAAAAGAAGAACUGUUAUCUCAAGAAAGUAAAAACAGUUCCCUUUUCAAAGUCGACUCAAUUGAAAAGAUCUUCAAGUUGAAUGAAGUUUUAAAAUUUGCUGCUGAAAUGUCAGAAGAAGCCGCGCGCGAGAUCUUGAUUCAUCUGUUGGAAAUGGCGGCGAAGGAAGACGGAGAGUACAGCUUCGACAACGAAGCACCGUCAGUCAACGAUUUGUCUCAUGAAAAAGAAAAUCUUUUAACUCUGUCUACACAGUUAUUCUUCUACUGCUCAGCAGACACGAGAACAGAACUUUUCCCCAAUUUUCUUUCUAAUCUAGGAGGUGUUUUUUUAAUAAAUCCUGACCAGCUGAAUAUUGCAGCAAAGGAAAAUUUUGUUAAAACUACCGCUUCACUUAUGUACAUAUUUUUCUCUUAUAGCAACCAGUAUACAGAGCAAAGUUAUAAUAAUUUAAUAACUUUAGCACAGCAAUUAAACGCUGUUAUAGUUAGUAGAACAGGAGAACAGAAAGCAUCAGAAUUUUUGAAUGUAUUUCCAUGGCGUAGUGUUGACGAGUUUUUUUUAAUGAAAGAAGAAAACAACACUCACCUUUAUUUUACUAAAAUUGUAAAACCUCUUCCAUAUAAAAUGGUAAAGACGUUAGUUAGUUUAGAAGAGACAACAAAGAAGACAAACAUGAAUGGUGAUGAGUCAAGUGAAGAGAGCAGCAGCAGCUGUUGUUCAAAGCGUCAUGGUCUCUCCAGGGUUCGGAGGAUUGAAGCUGGUGAUGUGAACAGGUCAGAUGUGGAACAGCUGAUUGAGAUGAUGCCGUUUAUCACCGCUCCACACGCGAUAUGGGUUUGGGGUGAACCCGGUGAAGUGUUUGAUGCUGAGGUAACAGAGUCUCUACUGAGGAGCAUCCCAACAACACACAAACUGGAGAUAUUAUUACUCGAACGUAUCAAUGUAACAUCAUCACCUGCUGUGGAGUUCAUCAGCAGAGUAUUUAAACAAGAUCUUCCAAACUUGAAGUGGCUCAACAUGUCAUACAAUCCUCUUCUGGGUGCAGGAGUCGACAGCUUGAUAAAACAUCUCAGCUGCGCUCCUCACCUGGAGAGACUGCACCUUUACGGAGUGAAGAUGACUCCACAGCAGGUGAUGAAUCUCACAUCAGCUGUACAGCAGCACGGAAACAUCACUGAACUGCGGUCAUCCUACCACGUAAGUUUUCCACUUUUAUCGCAAUUUGUUUCUUUAUUCUUUGUUUACAGUUUAUUUCUACUCAGCUCUUGCCUUUCGCCAUUUUCCUUUCUUUGUCAUUUUUAUACUCGACAAAACACGAGAUUUGCUUUUGAAAUCAAAUCACAAACUUUAGCAGAUUCAAAGUAUCAUUUCAAAUUCAUUUCUUUCAACUGAUUAAACUAACUCCAUAAAAUGUUUUAACUGAGAACGUUAAGAACAAGUAACUUCAGCUGAUAUUAAAACAUGGAGUUGAACACAAGAAGAGAAAUUUUGUAUGUUGAAGCAGCCAUAAGGUGAAAUUAUUGGGUGAAAACAAGAACUUCCAGCAAAACAAAAUCAUAUAAUUUCCACAGUAUUAAUUUCUCAAUCAAUUUUAAUUCAUACUUUUUCAUAAAGUAACAAACAACAAUCAUAAAAGCAAAUGAAAGAUGUUCAGUUCAUGUUCAAUUCAAACAAAUGAGCAAAGAGUAAACACAUUGAACUCACAGUUUCACAUUUAUCGUCCAGGGCUCCUAUAAAAUCAGUUUAAGUCAAGUGAAGUUCCUUUGAAAGUCCAGAAAACAAACAAGUCUUUUUUAUAGCUGUUCUUUUGUUAGUUCUUGAGCGUUUCUUUGGUAAAUACUGGUCCUUGCAGUUCGGUGAAGCCAUGGUUGGUUUUUGAAAUAACAACCCGCACAAAAAAAUUGUAUCUUCGAGACAACGGUUGAAAGCAACACCAAACAAAUUUUCCUUACAGAUAAACACUUCGCUUUUCUCCACUGUAUAGCAUAAGUGUCCAUUGCAUGAUUUUCAUCGCGUAAAUAGCAUGAGCUUGUUUUCAAUUUUCCAAGAACACUCGCCAUACAAAUCAAAUCCUGCGGAGCUUUGGGCUUUCGUGAAAUAUCCUUAUAAAUGAUGUUUCCUUGAGCUUCGAACAACUCCUUAGCAUAUUCCUGUGUAAAAAGAGAUGAAUCCCUGUGUUGUGUAAAAUAAUUUCCCUGAUGUUUUCUUAUUAAAUUUUGAGUUCAUCCUGAACAGUUUGCCUUUGAAGAGCGAACUGAACAAACUACAAAAACAACAAACGAUGUCAUUCAAAGCCUAGUGACGUGGCGGUCACUGAUUGGUUAAAUCCACCUCGGAUGAUUUUUCACGUGAUGACAUUUUCCCGCCUUUCUAUUUAUUACGUAACAAAUUCCCGCCCGCAAAAAAAUACACUGUGAUCUGCGAAUUUUGUAUUUCUGAAUAUAUUUUCAAAAGAAAAGAAAGAGGAUUUGCUAAUUUUGAUUUUGACUCUACUAUUUUGAAUGCGAAUUUCUUGUACGUGCGCCUUGAUAAAGAUAAUGUUUGUCUUUCCAAUCCCGCCGAGAGGGGAGAGGUACUUGGGGGAAAAUCUCCCUCCUCCCUAAACAUGGAUUAAAAAUUGGCGACGGGGUAACACUCGUUUCUUGAACUUAGUCGUAAAGGAAGUUGUUGACCUUCAGCGCUUCGCCUCUACACCAACAUACCACACAAAGAAGGCGUAACCACCGUGUGUCUUGUGCAGUUCUGCCCCCCCCUCUCUUUCUCUCCCUCUGUCUCUAUGUCACGCAACGCCGGAGAGAGAGGGUCCUCCCCCACAUCCCUUAUCAUCACGCAAGAGAAGUCAAAAUCUUCGCUAGGAAAAAUUUCUCUCAGCAAAUAACUGUAAAGACGCUUAAAAAUAGUUUGUCAGUUGUUAUUAAAACAUUAACCUUGGGCUCGUAUAAUUUUUGACAAGGUGCCGGGUUCAAAUCCUGCUUAGUAGCCUUUCUUUUUUCCUUCUGUCUUUCUCUUUUUUGUUUCCUUUUCGUUUUUGUUCUGUUUCCUUAUUUGUUUUGUUGUUGAUGUUUUUUAAAUAUAUACCUUCUAGACCAAAGAUAGUAUAUUUAUGGAUAAACAAUCUGAAUUUCUAUCGUUUCCUACAAUUUCCUUUUUUAUUGCAAUAUAUUCUACAAAACUAAAACAGUAGCCACGUGCAGUCACAAACUGCCUUUUAUUAUAUAGGUCAAGUUUUGACUGUUGAUCUUUGCUUUCAGCACGCGAGGCUUGUUUUGAACUUAGUACAUCUUGUCAAAGUUGUUUUCAUAUAAACAAUUGUCUUUCGUUAGUCAGUGUAAUGGCAUGGGACUUAAGACGAAGGUUUUGAAAUUUUUACACGUCCACACUUUAUUAAAGGGAGAUGAGGAGAUGAGUAGUUUUAAGUAUUAGUUGAAUUUUGUUGCAGGAUGUGAAAGGGAACCUCAAACGUGAAGAUAAAUGGCCAGCAGAGAACUACUGGGAGAGCAUGUACCCUCACCUCUUUCCUAAUUCAUCACCUGAAUCAGCGCAUGAACGGAAGCAGGUUAGU